CACGCGCCUUACGGAAGAGUGCCCUGGCGCACCGGAAGCCUCGGGAGAAGAGCGAUGGCGGGUUUGACUGUGAGAGACCCUGCGGUGGAUCGUUCGCUACGUUCAGUGUUCGUGGGGAACAUUCCAUACGAGGCUACUGAAGAGCAAUUAAAGGACAUCUUUUCUGAAGUUGGACCUGUUGUUAGUUUCAGGUUGGUAUAUGAUAGGGAGACAGGAAAGCCAAAGGGUUAUGGCUUCUGUGAAUACCAAGACCAAGAGACAGCACUUAGUGCCAUGCGAAACCUGAAUGGGCGUGAAUUCAGUGGGAGAGCACUUCGAGUAGACAAUGCUGCCAGUGAAAAGAACAAAGAAGAGCUGAAGAGUCUUGGCACUGGUGCCCCCGUCAUUGAGUCACCUUAUGGAGAGACCAUCAGUCCUGAGGAUGCCCCUGAGUCCAUUAGCAAAGCAGUUGCCAGUCUUCCACCAGAGCAGAUGUUUGAGCUGAUGAAACAAAUGAAGCUCUGUGUCCAGAAUAGUCCCCAGGAAGCACGGAACAUGUUACUCCAAAAUCCUCAACUGGCUUAUGCUUUGCUACAAGCACAGGUAGUGAUGAGAAUUGUGGAUCCAGAGAUUGCUCUGAAAAUUCUGCAUCGCCAGACAAAUAUCCCAACGCUAAUUGCAGGCAACCCGCAGCCAGUCCACAACGCUGGGCCUGCCUCCGGAUCCAGUGUGUCAAUGAACCAGCAGAAUCCUCAGGCCCCUCAGGCCCAGCCUUUGGGUGGAAUGCAUGUCAAUGGCGCACCUCCUUUGAUGCAAGCUUCUAUGCAGGCUGGAGUCCCAGCACCAGGACAGAUACCAGCCGCUGUAACAGGACCUGGCCCUGGUGCCUUAGCUCCUGGAGGAGGAAUGCAGGCCCAGGUUGGAAUGCCAGGAAGUGGACCAGUGUCCAUGGAACGGGGACAAGGAACACUACAGCACUCGCCCGUGGGACCUGCCGGGCCUGCAUCAAUUGAGCGAGUUCAAGUGCCAAUGCAAGACCCCAGAGCAGCUAUGCAGCGUGGGCCCUUGCCUGCCAACGUCCCAACUCCUCGCGGUUUGUUAGGAGACGCUCCCAAUGACCCACGUGGAGGCACUUUACUUUCUGUAACUGGAGAAGUAGAGCCUAGAGGUUACCUGGGACCACCUCAUCAGGGCCCACCCAUGCACCAUGUCCCUGGCCAUGACGGCCGUGGCCCACCCCCACAUGAGAUGAGGGGAGGACCAUUAGCCGAGCCCAGACCUCUAAUGGCAGAGCCAAGAGGACCCAUGCUAGAUCAGAGGGGUCCACCCUUGGAUGGCAGAGGUGGAAGAGAUCCUAGAAGCAUAGAGGCACGAGCCAUGGAGGCACGAGCCAUGGAGGCAAGAGGAUUAGAUGCUAGAGGAUUGGAGGCCCGUGCACUGGAAGCCCGUGCAAUGGAGGCCCGUGCGAUGGAGGCCCGUGCGAUGGAGGCCCGUGCGAUGGAAGUCAGAGGGAUGGAGGCGCGAAGUAUGGAUGCAAGGGGCCCUGUCCCUGGUCCUAGAGGCCCUAUACCUGGUGGAAUCCAGGGUCCCAGUCCAAUGAACCUAGGGGCAGUUGGCCCCCAAGGGUCCAGACAGGUCCCAGUCAUGCAGGGUACAGGGAUGCAAGGAGCAAGCAUCCAGGGUGGAGGCCAGCCUGGUGGCUUUAGUCCUGGCCAGAACCAGGUCACCCCACAAGACCAUGAGAAGGCUGCUUUGAUCAUGCAGGUCCUUCAACUGACUGCAGACCAGAUCGCCAUGCUGCCUCCUGAGCAGAGGCAGAGUAUCCUGAUCUUAAAGGAACAGAUACAGAAAUCCACUGGAGCACCUUGAAAGGUUGCUGUACGCUGCUGCCCUUGUCUUUCCUGCUCAUCAGCCAGGUUUUCAAAAAUACCUGGCAACAAGUCUGGAAGUUAAUUCCAUAACUUGUUGAAAUGUUACAAAAAGAUGACUUCUACAUCCUAACCCUUGAAUGACUCAAAUUGGUGCCAGGUGGAGGCCUCCCAUCACCUUCUCUCAGAACGAAACCAGUUCAUUCUGUUGUCUGAGUUUGUAUACUUUCUGUGACUUGAAAUAAACUUUGAACACAAUUUUAGUAUACUGCAAAUUGAUAUACAUGACCUUUUUGCUUUUAAAAAGCUGAAUACCAAGGGUGAAACCUUAGAUGUAUUUUCUGCCCUUACCGCAGUAUUGUACUUGGUUGUUACAUUGCUGUAGCUCUGUUUCUCCUUUUAAGUUAGCCAUUUAUUCUUCUUGAUGAUAUUUGAGAAUUUCUCAGAAACCAUGUUUUCUGAAACUUAGUUUUUACUUAGUUUGCUUCCAGCAGGAAUAAUGAGAUUUGCCCUUUGAGAACUUGCUAGAACUUUUGAGUCUACUGGGAGAAAAUAGCACAUGCUUAGAGCUAUAAAAUGGUCAGAAGGCCAAACAAAGCAAAAAGGCUAGUGUAUUUAGUUUAGAAAAAUUCAAAUAUCAAAAUGCUUUUUUUGUCAAUAGUAGGUCUGUUUACAUGCAUAGUUCAGAGUUAAGACAAAGAUGUAUAAGCCACUGGUUUGAGUGUGUCGACAACACAAGAGACUGUUGACAUUUACUUGUCUGUUCUAAUGCAUAUUUGAUAAGAAAAGCAUGGAUACCAAAAAGCCCUCUUCAGUCUUGGUAGUCAACCUUAAAAGUUUAAAAAUCCACUAAUUUUCCAUAUGUUCAUGGUGAAAGAAAAAAUGAACAGAAAUCAUGUGAACAAAAUACAUGUUAUCCUACCUUCUAGAUAGUCACUAACCUAUAACCAAAUUUAUUCUGGGACAUAGAAAACCCUAAAACUUUUACAUUCUUAUUUAUUUUAAGAGGACCAAAUGUAGAGCACAAGCAGUCAGGUUGCACAUUAGCCCCUCCCCCACCUGCUUCCUUGCAGAUAGAUCCGAACAUAAUUAGUUCCCCAGCUCUACCCUAUGGCUCUUCCAGCCUACUGUUUUCUCUCUCAUAGUGGCAUUAAAGAGGGACAUGAUGUCUCUCCAUCAGGCCAACCUCAAGAGGUUAUGAGGUACCUUAAUAAUUAGUAAAGUUCCACUGGAACUACUCGAGCCUAUUUAUAUUCUCAGAAUCCUACCCCCAGGUUAGUAGGAUUAUGGUCAAGUGAAUUAAAAGCCUGCCAUAGGCUUAGAGAAUGUAAUAGCAUAUUGCUUACAUGUCAAGCAAAAGAAUGCAAAGAUAAUCAAGAUAAUCAACUUUAUGAGAGACAUUGAAAUUGAGGGAUUUUCUACUCUCAUAUAUAAGUCUUUACUACAACAAGAGUUUGCUGAAAAAGAUACUUCAUAUUACAACUGAGGAAGGAAAACUUGCUCAAAACAGCUGAGGAGCUUUCUGAGUAUCCUGCACAUCCCCAAUUUGGGCUUGAAUAUUGAUUAUAUGUGGGAUUUGUUAUUAUCAUUACCUUUUCUGCCUACUUCCAUGAAUAUUCUAGACCUUGAUAUGUUGAUUUUAGCAGCAGUCAUAACCUGAAGUGUCAAUAUAUUUAGACAUUGAGACCAAGAGUGAAGCCUUUCUCAUUAGGAACUUAUUAUAAGUUUCAAGGAACCUUAAUAUUCCAAAUCAAAGUCAUUGAAGAUCAAAUUAUCAUUUGGUCAGCAGUUGUCUAACAGGAACCAUAUUGUCAAGGUUCCAUUGUGCAUUUUUCUAAAAUCUUACUAAAUUUAAUUUAGACAGCUGACGUCCAGGAAAUUUGCAAUAGUGGGGGUAUCCCAAUCUAUUCCUUUGGAAGCCUCCAUUACUGUGUUUCCCCGAAAAUAAGACCUAGCUGUACAAUCAGCUCUAAUGCGUCUUUUGGAGCAAAAAUUAAUAUAAGACAUAAAAAAUUAUAUAUGAUCUUAUAUAAGA